AUUGAUAAGGGGCCCAGAGCCGGCCCGGUGGUCUCUCUUGACCACGUUUCGUCAACUUACAACGACACCUCCGAGGGGUGCAUGAAGCGUUUCUCUUGGAAGAUUACUCAUAUUGAGAUUUGUACGCAAUUGUCGAAUUAUGCCAGCGCUGGACGAAGAAUUCCUUCUGCCAUUCAGUUGAACCCGGGGGAACCGACAAGGCCGCUACGGUUCUUCUCAGAGUCCAUAUGAUAGAUCGCUAUUCCUAACGUGAAAGCCGAUUGCCUCAGCGUUGUCAAAGUCUACCUCAAGGGAAAAGCGGCCAAGAACAGGUGACUGGAGGUAACUUUCCUGGUAGCCCAUUUUCUUGACUUUGUUUCCUUUUUUUUCUUUAAUUUUUCCCCCGAUGCCCGUCGUGAGCUCCUCAUGUCUCUACCGCACGCAGCCAUGACCGAAGCCGCUGUCGAGUGCUGCCGCCCCACUAGGAUCGUCCCGUCGGCGGAGCCCAUUACCGCUGAUACACCUCCGGCCAGCGAGCCCAUCAAGAGAUUCGAGAGCAGAGUCACAGGAAAACCUCCCCUCUCCUCUCUCGCUGCGUCACCCUCAGUAGUCAAUGCUUCCAUCCUUCACCUCCACCGUUGCACCCGCACCCGCGGCGAUACGGACACCGUCCUCCUCUUCACGACUUUCUCUGCCCGUCUGAUCGGCGCCAUCCUCAACCACCGUCGUGCUAUCGGCCGCAUCAGCGCCUCCGCUAGCCGCACUUGCGCUCAACAUUGCGAAGCGCAUCCGGACAUGCACCGACAUGCUUGGCGAGUGGCGCCUCAUGAACCGCCUCGGGGGUAUCAUUAG